UUUGUUCGAUGUGAUAGAAAGAGCCGCCCUCUCGCCAGUCUUUGACGAGUAGACAUCGCUUAGCAACUUCAAUCGUACUUUUUCUUAAAACUCCCGUGUUAUGUCCAUUCACCGGCACCGUAGAAAUGUCAAAACGUCAUCUCUAUCAUUCCUCAGAUGGACUUGUCACCAAGGCCAUUAGAGGUCUCAUCUCCUACAACCCUUCGCUUAGUUUGGAUGAAUCCAACCGAGUGGUAUUCGAUACGGCAUACAACAAGUCUAAUGUCUCUAUAGUCAGUGGCGGUGGUUCGGGUCACGAACCUGCUUGGUCCGGCUAUGUUGGUCAGAACCUGCUUGCUGCUUCCGUGGCCGGUGAUAUUUUCGCCUCGCCCAGCACAAAGCAGAUUCUCUCCGCUAUCGACAGAGUACCUUCGGAAAAAGGUACUAUCUUAGUUAUUACUAAUUACACUGGCGAUUGCUUGCACUUCGGUUUGGCGAAUGAGAAAGCUAUCGCCAAAGGCCACAAGUGCAGAAUGAUUAUUUGCGGAGACGACGUAUCAGUCGGAAAGAAAGGCAGCCUGGUCGGCAGGAGAGGUCUAGCGGGACAGCUAGGUGUACUCAAAGUACUCGGCGGUGCUGCUGGUGCUGGAGGUUCUCUCGACCAGGUGUACGAUCUCGGCGUUUCGUUUUCGCAGCAGAUCGUUUCUAUCGCGGCUACGCUCGAUCACUGCCAUGUUCCCGGACGGACAGAGUUCGCGAUGCUGGGAGCUGACCAAGUGGAAAUCGGCACUGGUCCACACAACGAACCUGGCUACCGAAAACUCUCACCUGUGCCGUCAGCCGAAGAACUCGUUCGGGAACUACUAAAGUACUGCUUAGAUGAGACGGAUCCUGAGCGGGGCUACGUGAAGUUUAAACCUGGAGAUGAGGUCAUUCUUCUUGUUAGCAACUUCGGGGGCAUGUCGCAUCUCGAGAUGGGAGCGCUGCUGGACGACUUGCUCGAACAGCUAGCAAAUAAUUGGAAUAUUGUGCCGGUGAGGAUCAGCAAUGGCUUCCUCGAAACAUCUCUUAACGCGCCGGCAUUCUCGAUAUCUAUCGUCAACGCAACGGCCGCCGCUGAGAACUGCUCAUACUCUGUCGAAGAUAUCAAGUCCUUCUUCGACGCUAAAACUAACACAUACUGGGAAUCCAUGACCGGGUCCCAAGUGAUACGGCGAAGCAGAAAAGAGCAAUUUGUACAGCCGCCUGCCGAGCCUCAAAAGAUCAUUGAGGAAGGGAAGGACCUGAAAGUUGACCCUGCUCUGCUAGAUAGCAUACUUCGCAGCGCUUGCAAGGAGUUAAUAGUCGCUGAGCCUGAUCUAACCAAGUGGGACACGAUUAUGGGCGAUGGUGACUGCGGCGAGACGCUCAAGACUGGCGCGAGCUGUCUUAUUUCCGCGCUGGAUAAGAAACUCGCAGCAGAAGGAUCUGUGAUUGCGGUGCUCCAAGAACUCGAAGAGAUCGUCGAGGGUAAGAUGGGUGGCACCCUAGGUGGUAUCCUAGGUAUUUUCUUCGUCUCACUGAGAACAGCUCUUCAGGAUAAUAUUGCGCUGGCUCAGAGUGAAGGACUUCCGAACUUGUGGGCCAAAGCUGUCUGGACAGCUUUGGACAACUUGAGCCGAUACACGCCGGCUAAGGUCGGGGAUAGGACAGUAAUGGAUACCUUGAUCCCAUUCGCAGAGGGCCUGCGCUCAGGAGGCCUUGCGGGUGGUGCCGAAGGCGCGAUCAAGGGCGCCGAACUAACGAAGACGCUGAAGCCGAGACUGGGCAGAGCGACUUAUGUCGGCGCGGAUAACAGUAAGGAGCUGCCUCCAGACCCUGGCGCUUGGGGUGCUAUGGUCGUUAUAAAGGGCUUGAAGUUGGGUAAAUAAGUGCGUAUAUUGGUCGUGAUAUAUGCCAAAGUAUAUAAAAUGUAUAUGGGGUUGUUGACAUGUUAUUUACCUAUAUACCUUCCUGUCUUUAGGGCACUUACUGCGUAUGGUAAGACGAGGCAAGGGGAUAA